GUUAACCAAAACACCAUUCAUCACUCAGCUUAUUGAACACACCCUCAAGAGCAGCAGUUGGCAAGGCCCCCUGAUCGUGGAGUGAUAUAUAUUGUUAUGUACCAACCUUGAUGGACAUAUCUCAGGAGUAAGACCAUUCGAGCUUUUGUCUCUGCGUGUCCUAUCCUGUCCUCUCUUGACCUGUCUUGGAAUCGCCAGCUGGCUCGAUGAUGCCUUCGAGCGACUCUACUAAUCAGGUCCGUCUUCGCUGGCUUGCAAAAGUGUUGCAGUGAUAUCUACCGCUCUGUCUGUCGCGUCUCGCGACACGGCGCAAUGGCGCACUCAUAUUCUUCGAACCCGUUCUCCACGGGCACACCUUCCUAUGCUCCUCAACAGCCCUACUAUCCUAUCCCCCAUAAUGGCAUCCAGCAGCCUAUACAUACACCUCCGAGCUUAACACAGCAGAACUCGCUGCAGAAUGUCUACCAGCACCAACCUGUGACGAACACAUCCAGAUUUGAGUCAAACUCGCAGAACUUGGGACCGGCGCCAACCUUCGAUCCUUUCCACCCUCCGCCGAUUCCUCCUUCUACUCUCAGCGCCGAAUUCUUCAAACAGUUUACCAAUGCUGGCUUGCCACCUCCACCGCCUCCUUCAUUUCCUCCCGUGCCUAUUCCUAGCACGGCUGGUUUUCCUCACUUCUCCGCGCAGCCAACUGCUUCAACUUCUUCACCGUACAAUCCGUCACCUGUACCAACAUCCCAUGCCUUCGCUUCAAGCGUCAACCUGGUCGAACAAGCCCGGCAUCCUCAGCAGGAGCCGUCCUCAGGCAGGCAGACGGGAUCAAGAGAAGGAAGAGAUCUGCGCCAUCUAAAUGAACCUAGUCCUCGAUCUUACCACACUAACCGAGGCGGCAAUGGCCAACCCGCCCGCCCUGCAUCACGAGAAGUCGAUGACAAAGAUCAAACGCUUCCUUCCUUCGGCUCGCGAUCGGAUUUGGAACUACUUUUUGCCAACCUUCAGAACCAAGCUCCACAAGAGGUUGAUGAGCAUGUGGCAAGUUCUAUAUCUAUGGGCGAGUAUGCUGGCGCAAACAGACAGCCAUCCGAAGAACCUGGAAACGUGUCUCCAUAUGAUCCCACACGACCAGCAACAAUUGAUGAUCGAACUAUGGGUUCUUUUCGUACAAGGGUCGAUAAUCACCAAGCUCACACGCAGAAGCCAAUACAACGCAGAUAUGAUGAUAAGCCUGUACCUGAGCUUCGCCAAUUGGCAAAGGGUGCUCUCCUGUCACUUGUGCCUCAUAAAAUCCUCUAUCCUGAAUUGGUUAAAGAAGGUAUUCAUCCUCAGGUCCUGAGAGAACUAUACGCCGAAUUGGGUAUCAAGGUGGAUCCUGACCAAGUUCAAACAACGCAAAAUGCGUCAGCCGAACCAGUCCAUCGCGCUGUCGCUCAGGAAGCCGCGCCUGCCCUACUUUUCAGCCAGCAAAAUCUGCAGAGCACGAAUGACGAGACACCAUCAGGUGCACCACUAAGUGACGUUUUGCACAAUACAACUGUGACAGAGAAGCAGCAAGCAGCUCCGAACCCCAGCAUAGAGCGCAAAGAUCGAAUCGCCCAAUUGCUUGCCGCCAAAGCAGGCCGACCGAGCCCUUCUACGCCAAAUACAGGCUCACCUGCGCAACGGCAGGUGUCGCUACCAGCGGCGUCUCCUGCUAGAGCCGCUGAAGCAUCCAACGCCCUUCCAUCAGCUCCGAAAUCUCCACAUUCGCAACAGGAGAGCCCUGAAGUAUCUCAGGCUCAGAAUACAAAGGCGAAAGCUCAGACGGAAUUGGUUCGUGCAAAAAUGGAGCAGCUCAAACGAGAAGCGCAGGCCAAGAAUACCAACAUGGCACAGCCGUUUUUCGGGACGACAACUCAGUUGCGGAGUUCGAUCAGUCAAUCUGGCUUGAUUCCAGGGCUGUUCAUGACGCCAGGAGGCUCUGCUUCCGAUGAACCAGGUACUCAUGCAGACAACGGAACGUCUGUAACAUCGUCAGACGAACAGCCUCAUACUAUUUUCAACCCUUUAAAGCGCUCCUUGGCAUCCGAUCCCGCUGCCUCCAGCAUCGAACCUUCCAUGAAGCGAACGCACGUUGACGAUCCUGAAGAACAAUCAGAAGGCGAAAUCAUUGAAGACGAGAGCGAUGCAAUGGCUAUGGGCUCCGAAUCUGGAACUGGAGAGGUUCAAAAUCAGCUUCCCUCACAGCCAUUACCAGCUACUGUCAAGUCAACAACACCGGUGCAGCCAUUGCGCAGUGAUUCUGCCACUGAAGCCGGAAAAGAUAAUCUAUAUCGCAUAAAGCAGACAGAGAUUGAGGCCAUGCGCAGAAGGAUUGCUGAACUCGAGCAGCGUAACAAGUUGAAACGAAGUAAAAGCGAAGUCGAAUCGCCUGUUUCUUCAAAUCCGCCGACCCCGGUCAUGACAAGGACCGGAAACCCGUUGAGCAGCCCCCCUACUUCACAGUCUCCAGCUAUGAGUGGAGUUGCUGUAAUGUCUAAACAGCCUCGAUCAAUCACCAAAUUAACACCUACACAACUUGCGGAACGCGCAGCUGCAUUGAAGGCUGACCUGCUCAAACAGCGCGCGGCACGACAGAAGGUCUUGCAAGAUGGCCUGCCGGACCUCAAUCUAGAAGUUUCCAAGACUGAAUUGCGAAUUAACAAGAUACGAGCUGAUCUCUCCCAAGCUCGAGCGAAUGUCGAAAGCUAUAGAUCAGCGUUAGCACAAUCCACAAACCUCGAAAGAGAGCUUGCCGAAGAGCUUCACCGCCUGGAAUUGCAACUUCAGGAAGGCCGUACGGGUCAGAAGCAAUAUUUUGACGAGCUCCAACAAAUCAAAAUGGAAAAAUUAGCCGAAGCUCAAGAAACCAGACCGUCCAAAGUCGUCGAAACAAUGCCUGAUGCACAGCCAGCCACUGAAGCCAGUACUCUUGCUACAUCCACCUCAACACACAUGGAACCGCCAGGGGUAGGAGAUGAUGGUGGCUCGACUAAAUUUGACCAGCUACAGUCUGAAGACGUUGCCUCCAAAGCCCUUCCAAAGGCCGAUAACGUUGAUACUGUGAAUGUUUCUGGAGGCCCUGAAAUCGUCUCGGAUAACGAAGAGCCUGAAGAGCCCGUUGUGGGUUUUGACGAAGAGUCUGAAGACGCUCAAGGCGAGCAAAGCAUCACACGAGCUGAUACUCUUCAAACCCAGGAGAUGGAAAUCUCCCCUGCGCCAGAUUCGGUGCCCGAACAAUCAUCAUCCGGGGACAUGGACUCUGGAGAGCUAGCAGAGGAAGAUACGUCGAUGGAUAUGGGAGAAGACAGUGAUGGCAGCGCGAGUAUGUCUGACUCUGAGGAAGAGCUGGAGGAUGAUGAUUAUGAGCCAGCCGAAGUUGAAAACGCAAGACAAUUCCGGCAAUCCAUGGAGUCAGACGAAUAUGAUCCCGAGGAAGCUCCUGUCACUGAUGCUACCCCGACUACAAAUCCAUUCGAGAAUGAAACGGACUUCUACGACCCUUAUGAGCAUGCUGAAGACGUCGACGACCCAGAGAAUGCCGAAAUAUCAGAACCAAUAGAGGCAGAUCUUGCCUCUCAGCCCACCGCGGCUGUUGAGACAUUAUCGGAGGUUCGUCCAGGAAACGCCCAGGACGACGCUGAGUCCGGUCCCCAGUUGACGGAAGCGGACACUUUGGUCAAUACGCAGCUUGUCUCCGACGGGAAGAGUCAAGAUGAAAAGCCGGCCAUUCUUGAUGAUGGUGCGGAACCUAUCACACGAUUUGUUCCGUAUAAAACCCCUCUUUCAAACUUCAAGGACUUUCGUUUCCAUGCCGACUACAAGGACAAUGUCAAAACUGGAUACAAGUCGUUGACUUACUCCAACAAUAUUGAUCCUUCACGCCCAAUAUGCCCCACCGAACUCUCUGGAGAAACUUGCACAGACCCAUCUUGUGAAGAGCAACAUCUCCAUCAGAUAGGUCUUUCAGGUACGACUGCGCGCUGAUCCUGUUUCCAUGUCAUGACUACGAUUGGUUAGUACGUGGGCCUUUGUACUAACCAUUUGUUGUUGUCAUAGAAAAUGCAAUCCUGGCGGAGAUGACCUCGGGCAGCAAUAUGGACAAAGCAACCAAGGACGAUUUCUUCAGCGGUUUAAAAGAAGUCAUCGCUGAUCUGCGUGCACGAGAUAUCAAAGAGUUCGACGGAGUGGCUAAUGCACUAUCGGAAUUCAGACGAAAGUUUUUUGCUGCGAGGGACGGGAGAGGGACCGAACAUGAUGGCGGUGCUUAAGGAAAAUCGCGGUCCUUGUGAGGUUAUUCCUCUACCAGACAUGACUACAUUAGAGCUAUGAAUUUGGGUUUCAGGAUUGAUCGGACCACUAGAAAUCCUCAGAUCUUGUUGGAGAACUCGACAUGUCUGUGGAAAGAUACGUUUCCAUCUCGAGUUACAAGACAGUCCAUUUUCCACGAAGCCUUGAGGCAACAUUGCAUGCCUAAGGUAGUGCCUCCUUUUUUCUUGACUGUACGAAUAGCUCGAUAAUUGAGAUGGCAUGGUAUUGGAUGGCCCAUUGAAUGUAUGUUGGUGAAGAGGCGCAACAGAGGAGGCAACGGCCUCGAGUGAGAAUAUGUUGUCAAAAAGGCAUACAGGGCCUGUAGGGUUAGCAAGUCUCUUGCACUUCCUCCUACUUGUAUGUCUCAAUGGACCCCGAUUUUUGCGACACUCAGGAUAAUCAACGUGUUUCACAUCUGGUAUAUAUUCUGUAUUCAAGACUUCCAUUGCCAUGACCACUUGCAUGAGACGCGGUUGCAGCAUCCAACGUGCGGUCGUUGGUA